AUGGAAAAUGCAGUACAGCUUUACCACAAAGAUAAAGCCGAAUUCGAUACUACGGCAUUUGUUAUGUGCCAGACAAAGGAUCUGAAAAAGCAAAUGCUGGAAGAGAAGGAAGAGGAAGGGAUGGGUGUUGCUACGAUUCAUUACGGCGAAACAGACGCUUUCAUCCAGCACAUCAAAACAGAAUUAUGGCUAUCUUAUCAGACAUCCGAAGUGACGAAAAAAGGCCUCGGCAAAGUGGAAGAGAAAAAAGCAGUAGCGUUGAAGGAUGGCCAUAUGGAUGAUUGCUUUACAUUUUUCAUGGCGCUCGAGGAGGAAUCCAAAUCGGCCCGUGUCAUCAGAAAAUGCUCCUCCGUCCUUAACAGAUUCCUGAAAGGUAUCGAAGCGCUACAGCGGGAAGGCAAUCAAGCGUCUGACUGGACGCGUGUUGAUUUGCGAGAAGUGCUCAAGCUUAUGGAAGAUUUGAUUGAUUACUUCGCUCAACCUGAAGGAGAAGAUUUCGAAACAAGACAGAAUUGCUUGCGUGCGCUGAGAAGCCGUCAGGACUUGUUCCAGGAAGAGGGUGUCCUUAAUAUGAUCCUUGACACCAUCGAUAAAUUCUCACAAAUGGAAGCACUGCCGGAUUUUGCUGGUCUCCUCGCUGAAGAUACACAGCUGAUGUGGGAAGAAAUCUCUACGUAUCUUUAUUUGCUAGUUGCCGCAAUGAUCAAGGGAAAUCACUACAACUGUGCGCAGUUUGCAUCAGCUCAACGACUGCAGUGGCUUUUUGGCCGCCUGUCAAAUCCGCAGUCCGCUGAAGAUUUCGAAACAAGACAGAAUUGCUUGCGUGCGCUGAGGAGCCGUCAGGACUUGUUCCAGGAAGAGGGUGUCCUUAAUAUGAUCCUUGACACUAUCGAUAAAUUCUCACAAAUGGAAGCACUGCCGGAUUUUGCUGGUCUCCUCACUGAAGAUACACAGCUGAUGUGGGAAGAAAUCUCUACGUAUCUUUAUUUGUUAGUUGCCGCAAUGAUCAAGGGAAAUCACUACAACUGUGCGCAGUUUGCAUCGGCUCAACGACUGCAGUGGCUUUUUGGCCGCUUGUCAAAUCCACAGUCAGCUGAAGGUAUUCUUGAUGUCUUGUACUGUGUACUGACCGAAUCUCCGGAAGCACUGAACAUGAUCAAUGAAGGCCAUAUUAAAUCAGUGAUAUCACUUCUGGAAAAAGUCGGGCGUGAUCCUAAACUUGGUAAAGACCUAGUGUCAGCAAAACAACAGAACAACCCCAAAGUUGCGGGAACGUAA